CACCUCCAUAGAUAACACAGUGAAGAGCGCUGUCGGCGGGUUUAGCGAAAAUGGCGCCGUUGCUAAGAGCGGAAAGCCACGGCAAAAAUAACGGCUGCAGGUAGAUUUGGACAGCGACCCGGAGCCGUGUCAGACAGAUCCCUGAUAUGGCAGGCUUGGAUCAAAAAUCGCCCAACGUCUUGCUACAAAGUCUCUGUUGCAGGAUAACUGGGAAGAGCGAAGCCGAUGUUGCCCACCAGUUCCAGUAUGCUGUGCGAGUCAUUGGAAGUAAUUAUGCUCCUACAAUUGAACGGGAUGAGUUUCUUGUAGGUGAAAAGAUCAAGAAGGAACUUGUGAAGCAAAGAAGAGAAGCAGAUGCAGCACUUUUUUCUGAGCUUCACAGGAAACUUCAGUCACAGGGUGUGCUGAAGAAUAGAUGGUCCAUACUGUACCUCCUGCUCAGCCUUUGUGAGGAUCCUCGUAAACCACCUAGCAGGGUUGCGAAUUAUACAGCGCUCUUCGCUCAGGCGUUGCCAAGAGAUGCCCACUCCACACCCUACUACUGUGCCAGGCCUCAGAGCCUGCCGCUCGGCUACCCUGACAGGACCCAGACGGCCCAGAGCUCAGGCAGCAUGGGCAGCAGUGGCGUCAGCAGCCUGGGGGUUUAUGCUGUGAACGGGCCGACGCCAACCCCCCAGUCACUGCUCCAGGGGCACCAGUCCCAUGUAGUGGGGGACUCUCUCCGUCAGCAGCUGGGCUCUCGGCUGGCCUGGAACCUCCCCUCGUUCUCAGCAGCUACCUCACGAGGCCCCCCGAACUCGGUGGGCCGCAGCGCUCCCAGACCUCGCCGGGAAGGGGACAUCAGCGGCACCGUUGAAAUCAGCGAAGCUGCCCUUGUCAGAGACAUAUUGUAUGUCUUUCAGGGGAUAGAUGGCAAGUUCAUCAAAAUGUGCAGUUCUGAAAAUUGCUAUAAAAUUGAUGCCAAGACUGCGAUUUCGAAGUCUCUCCGUGACACCACAAGCAGGCUGGCAGAGCUGGGGUGGUUGCACAACAAAGUGCGAAAGUACACUGACCAGCGGAGCCUUGACCGGGCAUUUGGACUCGUUGGCCAGAGUUUUUGUGCUGCCCUUCAUCAGGAGCUCAAGGAGUACUACCGGCUUCUCUCUGUCUUACAUUCCCAGUUACAACUCGAGGAUGACCAGGGAGUGAAUUUGGGAGCUGAAAGUAGUUUGACGCUCCGCCGCCUACUUGUGUGGACUUAUGACCCCAAGAUCAGAUUGAAAACUCUUGCUGCUCUUGUUGAUUACUGUCAAGGGAGGAAAGGGGGAGAGCUGGCCUCAGCUGUCCAUGCUUAUGGCAAGACCGGAGACCCAUACAUGAGAGCACUAGUCCAGCAUAUCCUUGGUUUGGUGUCCCACCCCAUCCUGAACUUCCUGUACCGCUGGAUUUAUGACGGGGAGCUGGAGGACACGUAUCACGAAUUCUUUGUAGCCUCAGACCCAACAGUGAAGACUGACCGACUGUGGCAUGAUAAGUACACACUAAGAAAAUCCAUGAUCCCCUCUUUUAUAACGAUGGAUCAAGCUCGAAAGGUCCUCCUUACGGGAAAAUCAAUUAACUUCUUGCACCAAGUUUGCCAUGACCGGACUACUCCUGGGAAAAUAACGCCAGCAGCAAAAUCUGCUGAUUCUCCCAAAGAUGCUGCUGAGUUGUUCACUGACUUGGAAGGAGCCUUCCAAGGAAAGAUUGAUGCAGCCUAUUUUGAGACCAGCAAAUAUCUUCUGGAUGUCCUCAACAAGAAUUACCUCCUGCUGGAACACAUGCAGGCCAUGAGACGGUAUUUACUGCUGGGCCAAGGAGACUUCAUACGUCACUUAAUGGACCUGCUGAAGCCAGAACUGGCUAGACCAGCCACCACCUUGUAUCAGCACAAUCUCACGGGCAUCCUCGAGACCGCAGUCAGGGCUACCAAUGCACAGUUUGACAGCCCCGAGAUCCUGAAACGGCUUGAUGUCAGACUCCUUGAAGUAUCACCUGGUGACACCGGUUGGGAUGUAUUCAGUCUGGAUUACCACGUUGAUGGGCCCAUUGCAACGGUGUUCACUCGGGAAUGUAUGAGCCACUACCUCAGGGUGUUUAACUUCCUCUGGAGAGCCAAGCGCAUGGAAUACAUUCUCACCGACAUCUGGAAAGGCCAAAUGUGCAAUGCCAAGCUACUCAAGGGCAUGCCAGAGCUCUCUGGUGUAUUACAUCAAUGUCAUAUUCUGGCCUCAGAAAUGGUCCACUUUAUUCAUCAGAUGCAAUAUUACAUUACAUUUGAGGUGCUGGAAUGCUCUUGGGAUGAGCUCUGGAACAGAGUCCAGCAGGCCCAAGAUUUAGACCACAUUAUUGCUGCUCACGAAGUGUUCCUUGACACCAUCAUAUCACGCUGUCUGCUGGAUACCAACUCCAGGGCUCUCCUGAACCAGCUCCGAGCCAUCUUUGAUCAGAUCAUCGAGUUCCAGAAUGCCCAGGAAACCCUGUACAGAGCAGCCCUGGAGGAGCUGGAACUCAGACUGCAGUUUGAGGAGAAGAAAAGAGAGAGAGAGAAGGAGGGUGAGUGGGGAGUGACAGCAGCACAAGAAGAAGAAGAGAACCGACGAAUUCAGGCAUAUCGAGAAACCAUACCAAAAACGCGUUCCCAGUUACGGAUACUGACACAUUUCUACCAGGGUAUCGUCCAGCAGUUUUUGGUGUUGCUCAUGACAAGUUCGGACGAAAGCCUCCAGUUUCUUAGCUUCCGCUUGGAUUUCAAUGAGCAUUACAAAGCCAGGGAACCCCGGCUGCGCGUCUCCCUGGGGACCACUAGGGGGAGACGUAAUCCCAACAUGUAAAAUACUAUCUUCAGAGUUUUCUACCGGUUUUCAAUAGGGCUACAUGGACCUUUUUCCACCUUAUCAAAAGCCUUCCAUGUCAUUGCCAAACAAAAAUGCUCCAGAAAAUAGAGUGGUUAAAACAAUGUAUAAUUUUAGUAGCACAAGGUCACAAUGCAUUUUGUUUUUGUGGUUUAGCUUUUGCUCCUGUAUAGAUGUUGAGCACAAAAUGAUAUUCAUUAUUUUUUCUAGAUUUCUUUUUGUUUGCUCCAUUGUUGUCUUUCUAUGAUUCAUGUAAAUUGACCCUUUCUGUUUAAAAAAAAAAACGAUUUUGCACUUUUAAAUAUGUAUCAUCCUUUCAUUCUGCAUUUAAUGUUUUAAUGUUCCUUUUCUUAAUUUUUGUCUGUGAAAGAGCGAGGUGGUCACGGAAUCUUUGUAAGAACAUGCAGUUAGAUUUAGCCACUGUGGCAUCAGCCAUAUGAUGGAUAAAGUUUAAAUGUACAAAGAUUUCAGCAUUCAGAACUUCAUCUAUUCAAUAUCGAUUUCCCCUGCUUUUGAAGAGCACAGCUGUGCUUGAGUAGGCCUUCAGAGUCUGAGCACUCCCUUAAAAGACCUGCUUGACAAAUUGAUCUGCAGGAUUUAAGUACAUUAAUGUAUUAGCUAUGGCAAAGUUAACAUUUCUGACAUUGUUACUGCAUACAAAACCACUCCUGUCCUUCUUGUGCUCGGAUUUGUAGAAUCAUGUUAGAAUCACCUGUUCCUCUGAGAUUAGGAAUAUGGAACAGCUCAUCUUCAGUUCCAGAGGUCUGAGUAGACUUUAUCAAUGAUAUGGGAUGCUGCAGUGUAUUCUUAAUGAGGAAGUUCUCUUCGGGAGAAGGCUGAUGUUGAAAAAUGUGUUCCCCUUUUGACGUGUAACAUUUUAUUUGGUAUUUAUUUCUUUUCCUGAGUGUAGUCAUUAAAGUGUGACCUAUGUCCUGCAUGUCUGAAUUAGCAUUGUUACAAAUGAUUGCUUUCUCCUGAAAUGUGCAGGCUAGAUUUGUCAAACCGUUUACACCAAAGUGCACCAUCAUUUCUGAAAAAUAAUCCGACUGUUCAAUUUUACAACGCAAAUGCUGAGUGCGAUGAAGGCUUAGAUUUGAAACCCGGAGGUUCACCUAAUUUCACUUUUUCAUGGCGGUAAAAGUUGAUGUCUUGAGCUGCUUUUACUCGAAUAAAAUGGUGUUCUUACACUUUGGCGCCAAACCCUUGAUAAAUCUCCUAUGUGUUGUACAAGUCCAGUCCUGUAUUUAAGAAGCUGAGAUGAAUCUCAUGUUAAAUUGUACCUGUGUUCCCAAUGGAAUAGAUUGGGGGGGAAGGGUAUUCUGUGAACCUGUCCUUACAAAUGGAGCAAAACAUGAGGAAAUCCCCACCUUUAUUUGUAUAGCACAGAUGUAUAUAACAUACAUUAAAAGCCAUCUUUUCAUUUAUUCUUUAAUAAAUGAUCAUUUUUUAUCACCA